AUGGGACGCAAGCUACCACCACCACCACCUCCACAUCCAGGAGUCUCAUCAAAUAAUGGAAAUGGCACGGCGAAAAGGAGACAUGUUGUUCCUCCACCACCACCCCUACCUUCUGGAGAAAAAGUUCUGCCAAAAAUGAUGGUGUCUACAUCUAAGCAAACACCACCGCCACCACCACCACCACCAGCAAAUAAAAUAGCAUCGAAGCAUCAGAUACCGCCACCUCCCCCACCACGAAGUACAACAGACCUGUCGAGAUCGAAUACACCUGUACUAAACUUUGAACCAACUGAGCAUGAAUUAAAAGUUGGGAAACGAAAAUGGAAUCAGAUGCAGAAACCAAGAGAUAAAACUUCAAAGCAAACUAAAGGAGUUGUUGCGGCUGGACCCAAGCCGGAGAUGCCACCUCAACAUUUGCGGAAAAUCAUGAUUGAUCAUGCAGAUUUGAGUCUGCGAAAUGUGAAUGCAGACAAACGAUCUCACUUAGGGGCAUUGAAGUAUUUACCACAUGCAUUGCUAAAAUUGUUAGAGAACAUGCCUCAACCUUGGGAACAAAUAAAGGAGGUUAAGGUGCUAUAUCAUCGAACAGGUGCCAUCACGUUUGUUAACGAAAUUCCAAGAGUUAUAGAACCUGUAUAUAUUGCACAAUGGGCGGCAACUUGGAACAUGAUGAGGAGGGAGAAGAGGGAUCGAAAGCAUUUCAAGCGUAUGAGGUUUCCACCAUUGGAUGACGAAGAACAGUUUUUGGAUUGGACGCAAAACUUUGAUGACGUUGAACCACCAGCUGCUAUAAAAUCAGGUCAAAUUGAACAAAUGGAUGAUCUACAAGAUUGGUUUUAUGAUGAAAAGCCGUUAGUGGGCGAUAGAGAUGUAGUGAAUGGUGAUUCAUAUCGUUCUUGGAACCUUGAUGCCACUACCAUGGACAAAUUGUACAACAUAUCGAAACCUUUGUUGACAAAUACCAAUCACUCAUUUGAUAAAAGGGAGUUAUUCACGGCGAAAAGUUUAAAUGUGUCUAUACCUGGUGGCCCUAAAUUUGAACCUUUGUUCAAGGAAAGCGUUAUCAAUCCUGAAUAUGAAGACUUUACAGAAUUCAACUCACUUGACAGAAUCAUCAUCAGAGGUCCGAUCCAAACUGAGUAUAAAGUUGACUUUCCAUAUUUGUACAAUUCCUUUGUGAAAAAGAUAUCACUUGCUCCGAUACGAACAAAUAUGAAUUGUCAAGAAGGAUCGAUUGAACAUGAGAUUUCCGAAGGACUUUCGGCUUUUACAUUCAACACAAACUAUAAUCCAGUGAUUAAGAGAAAACUGGACAGUAAGAAGAUGGCAGAAGAUAUGCAUUUGGAUGUGAAACCAUUUUUUAGCACUUCAACGCAAAAUAGACUGAUUGCUCCAUCGCUAAAUGAACCACAAAAUCUCAGAGCAUCUCUCGACUUAUUGUCUGCCCCAUAUCCAUUCAACAUACGCAGUGGCAGAACCAAGCGAGCGGAAGAUGUUGCAAUAACAAAAUCCUGGUACAAAAAUCGCGCACCAAGAUCAAGUCCACUCAAGGUGAGAGUUUCGUAUCAAAAAUUGUUGAAGAACUAUGUGCUGAAUGAACUUAAGAGCACCAAGGCUAAAAGAGCAAGGGCUUCUAAGAAGGUGAAUCUUUUGAAGAGCUUGCGCAAUACGAAAUAUUUUCAAGAAACACGCAUUGAUUGGGUGGAAGCCGGUUUACAAGUUUGCCGACAAGGGUUUAACAUGUUGAACUUGUUGAUACAUAAGCGUGGAUUGACGUAUUUACAUUUGGAUUACAAUUUCAAUUUGAAACCAACUAAAACGUUAACCACUAAGGAGAGGAAGAAAUCGAGAUUUGGUAAUGCAUUCCACUUGAUUAGGGAGUUAUUAAGAGCCAUUAAAAUUAUCGUUGACUGCCAUAUACAAUUUCGAUUAGGAAAUGUGGACGCAUAUCAGUUGGCCGAUGGUAUUUACUACGUGUUGAACCACUUGGGUCAUUUGACAGGAAUAUAUCGGUAUAAAUAUAAAGUUAUGCAUCAAAUUCGACAAUGCAAAGAUUUCAAACACAUAGUCUACCACAGAUUCAACAAGCUUAUCGGAAAAGGUCCUGGGUGUGGAUUUUGGCAACCUGCAUGGAAAGUUUGGAUAUUCUUUUUGAGAGGAACAAUUCCUUUGUUGGAAAGAUGGUUGGGAAAUUUAAUUGCAAGGCAAUUUGAAGGCAGAAGACAAAAUGACGUUGCUAAAACUAUUACAAAGCAAAGGGUUGACUCAUAUUACGAUUUGGAAUUGAGAGCACAAGUGAUGCAUGAUAUAUUGGACAUGAUUCCAGAGGGUUUGAAGCAGACCAAAUCGAAAACUAUACUUCAACACUUGAGUGAAGCAUGGCGAUGCUGGAAAGCUAAUAUUCCUUGGAAAGUCCCUGGAUUGCCUGAACCAAUUGAGAAAAUCAUUGAAAGAUAUGUCAAAGCUAAAGCAGACGGUUGGAUUUCCGUCGCGCAUUACAACCGAGAACGUAUCAGAAAAGGAACCCACGUUGAAAAGACAGUUGCUAAAAAGAAUUUGGGUCGUUUGACUAGGUUGUGGAUCAAGAAGGAGCUGGAGAGACAGACUGAUUUCGGGAAAAAUGGACCUUAUGUCUCACCAGAUGAAGCAAUACAUGUUUUCCAAACUACAGUUGGUUGGUUAGAGAGUAGGAAAUUCAGUCCUAUACCAUUCCCACCAAUAUCUUACAAACAUGACACUAAAUUAUUGACUUUGGCUUUGGAGAAUUUGAAGGCAAAUUUCAAUGCUAAUGCCAAAUUAAAUUCUGCGCAGAGAGAGGAAUUAGCGUUGAUUGAGGAGGCUUAUGACAAUCCACACGAAUGUUUGGCCAGAGUAAAGAAACACUUGCUCACGCAGAGGAUCUUUAAAGAAGUUGGAUUGGACAUGAUGGACUUUUACAGUCAUUUAGUGCCAGCAUAUUCUGUCGAUCCACUUGAGAAAAUCACUGACGCAUAUUUGGAUCAAUAUUUGUGGUACGAGGCAGAUAAACGGAAAUUGUUUCCAAAUUGGGUUAAGCCAGCCGACGAUGAGAUACCCCCAUUGAUGGUUUACAAAUGGUGUCAGGGUAUUAACAAUUUGCAAAACGUGUGGAAAACGUCUGAAGGUGAGUGUAACGUAAUGUUGGAGACAAAGUUGUCCCAAUUUUCCGACAAGAUUGACUUUACCUUGGUUAAUAGACUCUUGAGGUUGGUUAUGGAUACUAAUAUCGCUGAUUACAUUACAGCAAAGAAUAAUGUUAACCUUACGUACAAAGAUAUGAAUUAUGUGAACCAAUAUGGUAUCGUACGAGGUCUCCAAUUUUCCUCCUUUGUGUACCAAUAUUAUGGGUUGAUUGUUGAUUUACUUAUUCUUGGGUUGGAUAGGGCAACAGAGUUGGCAGGUCCUCCACAAAAUCCAAACAAUUUUCUCCAGUUUAAGGAUGUCGCAACUCAAUGUACCUCUCCUAUUAGAUUGUAUUCACGCUAUAUGGAUAAAAUUCACAUUUUUUUCCGGUUUGACAAUGAUGAGGCGGAUGAGUUAAUUGAUGAUUUUUUGGAAGAAAAUCCCGACCCCAAUUAUUCAAAUGUUGUGGGAUAUAAUAACCAUCGUUGCUGGCCGAAAGACUCCCGAAUGAGACUUAUAAGACACGAUGUUAAUCUUGGGAAGGCGGUGUAUUGGGAAAUUAAAUCACGUAUUCCAAAAUCGCUCACCACCAUUGAAUGGGAGGAUACAUUUUCCUCAGUGUAUUCUCGUGAUAAUUCUAAUUUGUUAUUUGAAAUGUGUGGAUUUGAAGUUCGAAUAUUGCCAAAGAUACGUGCUAAAGAAACUACCUCAUCGCAGGAAAAUGUCUGGGACUUGGUGGAUCAAACUUCUAAAGAACGAACUGCGAGAGCUUACUUACAAGUGUCUCAAGAAGCUAUUGACAAUUUCAACAAUAGGAUUAGGCAGAUAUUGAUGUCAUCAGGCUCAACGACAUUCACAAAAGUUGCUGCAAAAUGGAACACGGCGUUGAUUGCAUUAGUGACAUAUUUCAGAGAGGCUGCUAUUGCUACUCCAUCGUUAUUAGAAGUUUUGAUAAAGUGUGAGACCAAGAUACAGAAUCGAGUCAAGAUGGGAUUAAACUCCAAAAUGCCCACACGAUUUCCACCAGCUGUAUUCUACACUCCAAAGGAAUUGGGAGGUUUAGGGAUGCUUAGUGCAUCUCAUGUCCUUAUACCAGAGUCGGAUUUAAGAUGGUCGAAGCAAACCGAUACCGGAAUCACUCAUUUCAAAGCUGGUAUGUCCCAUCAAGAAGAGAAGAUGAUCCCAACGAUUUUCAGAUAUGUUACAACUUGGGAAAAUGAGUUUUUAGAUUCUCAGAGAGUGUGGGCAGAAUACGCAAUCAAAAGAGAAGAGGCACUCCAGCAGAACCGCCGUUUGACAUUUGAGGACAUGGAAGGAAAUUGGGAUAGGGGAAUUCCUAGAAUCAGCACUCUAUUUCAAAAAGAUCGUCACACAUUAGCUUAUGACAAGGGUCAUCGAGUUCGUAGGGAGUUUAAGCAUUUUAGUACUGGCCGGUUUAACCCAUUUGCUUGGACAAAUAAUCAUCACGAUGGAAAAUUAUGGAAUCUUAAUGCUUACAGAACUGAUGUAAUUCAAGCAUUGGGGGGUAUAGAGACCAUCUUGGAACACACUUUGUUCAAAGGUACUGGUUUUGAUUCAUGGGAAGGUUUGUUUUGGGAAAAAGCUUCUGGGUUUGAAGAUUCGUUGAAGUUCAAGAAAUUGACCAAUGCCCAGAGAUCCGGUUUGAGUCAAAUUCCAAAUCGUCGUUUUACGUUAUGGUGGUCUCCUACGAUUAACAGAGCCAAUGUUUACGUUGGGUUCUUAGUUCAGUUAGAUUUGACUGGUAUUUUCCUCCACGGUAAAAUUCCUACUUUGAAAAUUUCAUUGAUACAGAUAUUCCGUGCCCACCUUUGGCAGAAAAUACACGAAAGUGUUGUACAAGAUUUAUGUCAAGUUCUUGAUAAGGAAUUGGAAGUUUUGCAGAUUGAUAAUGUGGAGAAACAGGCAAUUCAUCCACGUAAGUCAUAUAGAAUGAAUUCGUCAACAGCCGAUAUUGUGCUUACAAGUACCUACAAGUGGAAUGUUUCAAAGCCGUCGCUACUCAAUGACAAAAAUGACGAGAUGAUUUUACCUGCAAAGAAAUUUUGGAUUGAUGUGCAACUUCGAUAUGGUGACUAUGACUCACAUGAUAUAUCUAGGUACGUACGAUCAAAGUACCUUGAUUAUACAACAGACGGAACAAGCUCAUAUCCUUCUCCAACUGGUAUAAUAAUCGCUAUAGAUUUGGCCUACAACAUGUAUGAUGUUUAUGGUAACUGGUUCCCUGGGUUGAAACCAUUGAUUCAUAAUGCCAUGAGAGAGAUUAUGAAGGCAAACCCGGCGUUGUACGUGUUGAGAGAGAGAAUUAGGAAAGGAUUGCAAUUGUAUCAUGCUCAACCACAAGAGGCGUUUUUGAACUCAAACAACUACGCAGAGUUGUUCAACAAUGAGACUCAGUUGUUUAUUGAUGAUACCAACGUUUACCGAGUUACAGUACACAAGACCUUUGAAGGGAACCUUGCAACAAAACCAAUUAAUGGGUGUGUAUUUAUUUUAAACCCCAAAACUGGACAAUUGUAUUUGAGGAUUAUCCACACAUCUGUUUGGGCUGGUCAAAAACGUUUGAGUCAACUUGCCAAAUGGAAAGCAGCAGAAGAGGUGACUGCUUUGAUUAAGUCACUUCCUAGAGAAGAGCAACCCAAGCAACUUAUUAUUUCAAGAAAAGGGAUGAUGGAUCCCCUUGAGGUGCAUAUGUUGGAUUUCCCAAAUAUUUCAAUUCGUCCUUCUGAGUUACACUUGCCAUUUGCAUCAGUAAUGAAGAUCGACAAGUUGUCCGACAUAGUAUUGAAAGCCAAUGAGCCUCAGAUGGCUCUUUUCAAUUUUUAUGAUGACUGGCUCACGAGAAUUUCCCCAUACACUGCAUUUUCACGAGUAAUUUUGAUAUUGAGAGCAUUGGGAUUCGAUCCCGAAGGGGUUAAGCAAAUUAUAUGGCCAAAUAAUGAUGUAAUAACUGAAAGUCAUCACAUUUGGCCAACUAUGACAGAUGAGCAGUGGAUUGAAGUGGAAAGUAAAUUAAGGGAUUUGAUUCUCGAGGAGUAUUCCAAGAAAUAUAAUUUGGAUGUGCAGUCAUUAACUCAGUCUGAAAUCAGGGAUUUAAUUUUGGGUCAAGAUGUAAGGCAAUCUACUAUUAGACGCCAGGAAAUUGCUGAAGUCGAAAAAAGUGGCGGACAAGUGGAGAAUAAGGAGAUAACAGCUCAAAAAUCCACUUCAACCAAUAUACACGGAGAGCAGAUUGUUACUGUGACUACAACCAAUUAUGAACAGGCAACUUUUUCAUCAAGAAAUGAGUGGAGAAACCGGGCAUUGGCCGCCAACAAUCUACAUUUGAGAGCGAAGAACAUCUAUGUCGCUUCAGAAGAAUUUGUGGAUGACGAUUCCUAUACCUACGUCAUGCCAAAGAAUAUUUUGCAGAAAUUUAUUCAAGUUUCAGAUUUGAGAAUCCAGGUUGGUGCAUUUUUGUAUGGUAAAUCACCCGCAGGACAUUCAGAGGUGAAAGAAAUCAAAUGCUUGGUGUUUGUACCUCAGUUGGGAAGCACGAAUUCCAUUCAAUUUCCGAGAACACAGCCUGAAUAUGAAGGCUAUUUGAAGGAGGAGAGUUUGGAACUUUUAGGUUGGAUUCAUAGCCAAUCGCAAGACUUUGAUUACAUGACUUCUUACGACGUCACUAUUCAAAGCAGAUUAUUGGAGCGUUACGACCCUAGGUUUAUUGACAUGACAGCUUCAUACACGCCAGGUUCUGUUACGCUUUCUGCAUUUGAGUUAUCAGAAAAAGGUUUUGAGUGGGGUAAAUCAAAUAAAGACAUGAUUUCCGACUCACCAGAAGGAUUUGAAAAGACAUUCUCUAGAAAAAGCCAGUUGAUCAUGUCUGAUAAAGUUAUUGGCACUUAUAUGGUCCCAGAAGAUGAAAUUUGGAAUUACUUUUUCAUGGGUGCAAUCUUCAACGCAAAUGACAUGUACAACUUGAAAGUAGAUAUUCCCUUGUCAUUUUAUGAUGCUGUACACCGACCAAUACAUUUCACAAAUUUUGCUCAGUUGGAAGUCGGAAAUGAAGAGGAGGCAAAUCAAGAAGAUUUGUUUAGUUAA